GGCCUUCACUGCAAAUCCGUUGCAGACGAGCUCGCUACGGCUGUAUCGGUGGUGGAGACACUCCAGCAUCUGGACAUCUCCUUCAACUGCUUGCAGAUGCAGGAGAUGGAAAUCUUGGCCAAGGCUGUUCGAAGUAGCCGCAAUAUUUGGGGCAUCCAUGUGGAUGGCAACGCCGCUUAUGUCGACAUCAACGGUGUCCUCACAGCCAUGCCAGCGGGAUAUCUUCCUGAAGACACUGCCAGGCCGAAACCAGCACGCAGCUCAUCGAAAAAGGGCAAGGCCGGGAAGAAGGCCAAGCAGAAAAGCAAGGACAAUGCAGAUGCCGAGAUUUGCGUUGCCGGGACUUUGCUGACACCAGCAGAGUUACAGGCCCAGCUCCAGGCUCUCCAGUGGCACCUUCGGCUCAGUGACCUGGCCGAGGAGUAUCAGAAGAAGGUUGAUGAACAGGAGAAAGAGCAACUGAAAGAGAAAAACCGGUCGAUCGCCUCGAUAGGCGGGACGUGGUCACUUUCUUUGUUCUCCAAAGACAAAGACGCCGAUGAUGACAGCAGCAGGAUUCCGAUGUCGCUGCCCGAGAUCAUCCGAAGGCGUCCUCCCGGUCAGGCCUUGAGCCCCCGGAGCCAGAACGAGAUGAUUCAGUCACUGGCCCUGGAAACGAAACCCGAGGUCACUGCAUCCCUGAAAGCGAAGACGGCUGGGCGAACGCACGGCGAGUUGUACUUGCACGGCGGGAAGGAGGGCCUCAACUCCAAGCACACCAACUGCCGUCUUUGCAACGAGUGGGUGAAGGUGGAGUUUGAGGUUCUAACAGACGACCUUGUGGUGGAUCUGCCCCUGCCUGGCGUGGAGACUCCCGCCUUCGAGGUAUGCGUCUUCCUCUCUGUGGACAACUUCUCGCAAGCGCUCCCGCUUGAGUUCAAGGAUGGAAGUUGGACAGGAUCACGCUUUCUGCCACCGGCAGAGAGAAUGUUCGCUGUUUUCCAAAUGGCCGGCAAGCUUAGCGUCCACCAGCGCCUACCUGUGCGUGCUUUGCAGCAGCCGCUCGAGAUUCCGCUGUGGAG